GUUUUUUCCCUCCACGCUGCCCUCCCAACGCAAAACAUCCCCCCGACCCUCUUCCGAGGCCGGCUUUCGCGAAGGACCGGAAGUUAAUACCAUUCGAUUUUUUCCUUACCUCGGAUGCUCCGUUCCGGGCUUCCCUGGCGGCUCAGAUAGAGAACAAAAAGGGGGCAAGAGAGUAUGGCAACAGCGCGAACAAAAAUCUCAGCCUCUGCGAAAAUGUGUUUGUUUCACGUUGAACGGAGCGGAAGUGUUCCUCCCCGGACAAUACAGUGGGGCGGACCACAUCGCCGCCAACUACAGGAAUAAGCGAGGGUUGCAAAGAGCGACUGGAAGGUGAGAAUCCCAGAUCAAGUUGAGGGCAGAGUUGCUGCUUGGUCUGCUGUCCCCGGGACUCCUGUGAAAAGAGACUCUUUGGCAGCUAUGGUUCGUAAGAAACUUUACCGGCCCAUUGCAGCCAUGGCUAAGAAGAUCCGAGAGUACCGGGCGUUGAAAAACCAACCCCGAGACUCCCAACGCUUUGCCUUGGACUACGAAACCAUGAUCCGUCCCUUCACAGGCAAGCGUCUUCCUGUGCUGGCUUGGGAGGAUGUGAGGAACGAAAACCGGCUGUUCACCCUGCUGUGCAGGCUGCAUCAUUUUGGCAUUGGGCGCAUGGUGACGCGCAAAUCCUGGCUGUGGGCCUAUGAGGAGCCGUGUUAUUGGGUCAUCACCAAAGUGAAAGUGGAUUAUACAGCUGAGAAUAUGGAUCACGGACAAGCCUGGGGAUAUCAAACAUUUAGAGGCCACACAAGCAAGGAGGUGAAAGAAAUCCCCAAGGUCAUGUAUCACGACUGGCGCAUGGUGCCGAAGCAUGAGGAGGAGACCUUCAGGAAAUGCACCCCAUGGGAAGAAGAAAGGGUCGAGUACGCCCCAUACCCCCCCUUGCUGCGGGCCAUGAUCCUUGCUCAGAGACACAAGGAAGGGAAUCUGGACGCAGAAGAGCCCAUGAUCGACUUUAAACGUUUAGCUGCCCUCCAAAAGGAGUAUUCUUCCCAGAAGCAAACAGAAGGGACGUCAGUCUGAAGACCUCAGGGUGUUUCCCGCAUUCUUUCUAGUUCUUUCUGUCAGACAUUGCCUGACACUUUCACUUUCUAGGACAUUACACUGAGAAACAUUUGCAGGGAUUUUUUUUGUAGCAGGAACACCUUUCCAUAUUAGGCCACACACCCCUGAUGUAGCCAAUCCUUUUGGAGCUUACAGGGCUCUUCAUACAGGGCCUACUAUAAGCUCCAGGAAGAUUGGCUACAUCAGGGGUGUGUGGCCUAAUAUGCAAAGGAGUUCCUGCUACAAAAAGAAAAAGACUUGCACAUUUGUAACAUGCUGAAUCUCACAGUUCGCUAAUUCUGCUCGGUGUGUUGAAUGCUGUUAUGAAUCAAUGUGUCUGUCUGGAUAUGCUGUGUUGCCUGCUCGGACAAUGUGCUUUUGAUGCCCAUGUUCACUGUUUGAAAUGUGACCCCUUGGCCAGCUAUGUGCAGCGAGAACAACUUCAUCUCUCAAAGGCUAGAGUAAAUCAGCAAGAUUAAUUCUCUGUUUUUAAUUGAGGAGGGUCAGUUAUAACUCUAAUGUAAUAAAAGUGUUUCCAUGUC